AUGUUCUCCAAGUCCAUUUCCGUCGCUGCGCUGGCUAUUGCCGCGUCCAGCCUGGUCUCUGCUCAGACUUUCACCGACUGCAACCCUCUCGAGAAGUCCUGUCCCGCCGACCCUGCUUUCGGUGCCCAGACAGCCGCCUGCGAUUUCACCAAGAAUGGAGCCAGCUGCGACAUCUUCCAUGAGCUGCCUGGCACUGACCUGACCUACAACUCCAAGGGUGCCAACUUCAUCAUUCAGAAGGAGAGCAACGCCCCCACCGUCCGCUCCAACAACUACCUCUUCUUCGGUCGUGUCGAUGUCGUUGUCCAGGCCGCCGAGGGCCAGGGUAUCGUGACCAGCGCCGUCCUUCAGUCCGAUGAUCUCGACGAGAUUGAUUGGGAGUGGGUCGGUGGUGACAACGCCCAGGUCCAGACCAACUACUUCAGCAAGGGUGACACCAGCACCUACGACCGUGGUGCCUACCACCCCGUUGCCGCUCCUCUGACCAGCUACCACAAGUACUCCAUUGAGUGGACUUCCACUGCUGUCAACUGGCUCAUCGACGACGCCAUUGUUCGCACUCUUCUCGCUGCCGACGCCCACGGCGCCAAUGGCUUCCCCCAGACCCCCAUGCAAGUUAAGCUCGGAACGUGGGUUGCUGGUGGCAAGAACACUGCCAAGGGCACUGUCGAGUGGGCCGGAGGUUACACCAACUUCGACGACGCUCCUUUCAACGCCUACUACCAGAGCAUCAGCAUCACUGAUUACAUGGGCAAGGAUGCUCCCGGCCAGAACUCGAACGUGAAGGAGUACGUCUACGGUGACAAGACUGGUAACUGGGACAGCAUCGUUGUCAAGAAGGGUGACGGAUCUGACGACGCCACCACCACCACCUCCAAGGCCAAGACCACCAGCACUGAGGCUGCCUCCAAGACCAAGACCUCCGCCGCUACCAAGUCCGAGGAGGAGACCACAAAGACCACUGAGUCCAAGACCGAGGAGACCACCAAGUCCGAGUCUGCCAAGGAGUCCAAGUCCGAGUCCGAGAAGACCACCUUCAGCACUGCUGCCGCCACCACCACCGCCGCCUCCGAGUCCAGCUCUGGCGCUGCUGCCACCACUGGCACUGCCACCUCUUCCAGCGCCUCCGAGACCGUCAGCACUGUCCCUGCCAACUCUGCUUCCCGCAUGGGCGGCAACAUUGCCAUGGCCUGUGUUGGUCUCUUUGUUGCCCACCUCCUGGUCUAA